UUCAGCAGGAGGUAAAGCUUCAGGCAUGGCCGUGAGCAGGCGAUUUCAGCGACCUGUGUGUUCCCAUCUCUCUGCUCUGCCUCUGUGUGGCUUUCAUUUCGGACAUCUUUUCUAGUGCCUAGGACAGUGGCUGGCACACAGGAACCCCAGCAUUUCUUUCUGCCAUCUUCGUGACCCCCAGGGAGACUGUCUUCUUCCCAACCACCCAGCAAAAUCCUCAGCAUGAAGCCCCAGGUUCCCAAUGGAGGUGGAUGUCAGAGCCAGAAGAGUUUACGUUUACUUCUCGCUCACACAGGCCUACCCUCGCAGAUCUCAAGACUCCAAAGGAAGGAGCUUCCCCUCUCCACCCCCCACCCACCCCCCCAGGAAACAUGAUAACUAGGCUGUGACCAAAAAGCAACCAUGGGUGUGGAAGAUGAACUUCAGGCUGAGGAAGUUGAAGCUGCUGUCAGUGAGCUCUCGAUUCUCUGAGUGUAGAAGGCCCAGUGGGGCAGCCAUGGAGUGGGACAAUGACACAAUCCAGGCCCUGAACUUGCCACCCACGACUUGCGUCUACCGAGAGGACUUCAAAUGGCUGCUGCUGCCACCCGUGUACUCAGUGGUGCUGGCGGCCGGCCUGCCCCUGAACGUCUGUGUCAUCGCCCAGAUCUGUGCAUCCCGCCGGGCGCUGACCCGCACAGCCGUGUACACCCUGAACUUGGCCCUGGCUGACCUGCUCUACGCCUGCUCGCUGCCCCUGCUCAUCUACAACUACGCCCAGCGGGACCACUGGCCCUUUGGUGACCUCGCCUGCCGCCUGGUGCGCUUCCUCUUCUAUGCCAACCUGCACGGCAGCAUCCUCUUCCUCACCUGCAUCAGCUUCCAGCGCUACCUGGGCAUCUGCCACCCCUUGGCCCCCUGGCACAAGCGUGGGGGCCGCCGUGCUGCCUGGCUGGUGUGUGGUGCCGUGUGGCUGGUGGUGACAGCCCAGUGUCUGCCCACGGCUCUAUUUGCGGCCACGGGCAUCCAGCGGAAUCGCACAGUCUGCUAUGACCUGAGUCCGCCCGCUCUGUCCACCCGCUACCUGCCGUAUGGCAUGGCCCUCAUGGUCACUGGGUUCUUGCUGCCCUUUGCAGCCUUGCUCGCCUGUUACUGCCUCCUGGCUCGACGCUUGUGUCGCCAUGAUGGCCCCGCAGGGCCUGUGGCCCGAGAGAGGCGUGGCAAGGCGGCCCGCAUGGCUGUGGUGGUGGCAGCUGUCUUUGUUAUUAGCUUCUUGCCUUUCCACAUCACCAAGACGGCCUACUUGGCGGUGCGCUCUACCCCCGGCGUCUCCUGCCCAGUGCUGGAGGCCUUUGCCGCCGCCUACAAAGGCACACGGCCCUUCGCCAGUGCCAACAGUGUGCUGGACCCCAUCCUCUUCUACUUCACCCAGCAGAAGUUCCGCCGGCGGCCUCACGAGCUCAUACAGAAACUCACAGCCAAGUGGCAGCGGCGGCCACCGAGCUGAACCCACGGGCGAGGACCCUAGGUCUGGGCAGCUGUGGGUUUGCCACGAUGGCCAGGGGACCAGAACUCCCCUCCCCAGCUCCAGCCAGACAGAGAAUUAAAACUUAGCUCUCUUGGGCAUAAAGUAAGGUCACCCAUAGCCUCCCUCUUCCCCCCAUCUCAUCAGUUAUUUAUUGAACCCACUCCUCUGGACCAGGGUCUGUACAGAUAAAGACCAUCAGGCCUGGCCCUGGCCCUCCAGAAGUUCCCAGCAGCCAUCAAGUUAACAAUACGGUGGUAAGCUGCCCAGAGAAAUGCAGUGUGGGUGCACUGUCAUGGAGAUAGUGUACCUUAGUGUAACAUGUGCUGCAGAAGUCACCAGUGAAAUGGGUGAGAGAAGAUGGGAAAGAGAAGUGCUGGCUUCCAGGAAGGAGCAUCUGAGCUCUGCUUUGAGGGUUGCAUAUGCGCUUCCUGGUGGACAGGAAUGAUAUCCUUACUUAGCAAACCUUAACUAAGAUCUGGAUGCUCAGGCCUGCGUGUUUGCAGAACCUAAGGAGAAGCAGUCCCAGCCCUGCUCCGUGCAGGCCCCAAAUUGCUGCAGCCACUGACACUGACAGAGUAGGAUCAGGACUGUGACAGACAGAAGCCAGGAAAGGGCAGUGUACAGAGGGAUCAGCAGAAGCAGAUGUUGAAGGCUAAGUGGGAGAUCAGACAGACAGACAGACAGGUCAGAUCAGACAGAUGUGCUGCCUGAGACAGUCUCCUGUGUGCCUCUGUCCUGUGUGAAAGUGAGGGAAACAGCUGCUCUUCAGUCACCCUCCAGACAAGGGCAAGGGUUGGCAAGUGCACAGACAUGGGAGAGGAAAGAGGAACUUUCUACAAGAGAGGGCUCCAAGAAGGAGGAAGGCACUGAGUGUACAGAAACCCAGAGGGAGAAAGAAGCUAUGGCUCACACCUGUAAUAUCAGCACACCUGUUUGUAAUCCCAAUAUUUGGAAAGUGGAGACAGAAGGAUUUCAAAUGCAAGACUAGUGUGGGCUACACAGAAACUUUGUAUUG